AUCAUACUCACGCGACAACGUUUUAGGGCUGGAAAAAGCAUACAAACAAAUCGCAUGUUUGUUAUUUUUGUUUGCGGUUGCUGUUCAGUUGCUUGUUUGGGUAGCUGACGAUGACCUUGUUACAGAUAACUUGCCAGUGAUAUUCACUUAUAAGUGUUCAGUGAAAUAUUAGAUUGGCUAUUUAAUAAAAAUAUUCGUGCAAAUCUGAUCAUUCAGCAUGCCCACGUGAAAAAACAGCGAAUGUUUUUUCGCCAUAUUUCUGUUCGAGAAAAACAAUAGUUGUGGUUGCUAUGGAGAAGCUGCGGCUGUCAAACCGGGGGUAGGCCGAAGCCUCGGAUUGGAGUUUCCUCAGUGGAACGAAAAGGCUGCGCUGACCGGGGCAAAUUUCGUAAAUAAAAGCGAAAGUGGGAAAAGCGCAACUACGUGAAGAUCAUAAGACAAUGUGGAUGUUUUGGUCAGAGUUAGAAAAUGACGCCGUAGCGCGACAUUUCCAAAAUGUAGUAGAGAUUUUUGGUGGUUCGAAAUAGGAAGAAACCACCAUUCCUUAAUGAAGCUCGGACCAUUUGCCCAAGGUAAGCUAGUCAGGUGUCUGACAAAGUUCAUGCACUGUUGUUAACUUAGAAGCAAGUGUCUGUAACCAAGUAGGCCUAGUUGCAGUUCCCAAAACUGGCAUUUCUGUUCUGAUUUUGAGUAGGACAAUUAUUAUGAAUUGUUGCAUUCAGAAUAUUUAGUCCAGUUAUACAAUGCUAUUUUUUCUUUUUAUUAAGGUUCUCUGAGGUCGAAAAUGCAGACAUUUUUUGUGUGUUUUAUAUCCUGAAUAUUGUAAUCUCAUGCGAACAUUACUUCAGAUAGAUAUUGUCAUAGAAAGUGACAACCUUUCUAUUUUUGUUAUUAUGGAAGUGUUGUAAUCACUUUGGAUAUUAGAUGAUUGUGCUCAUCUUUCUUAUGCCGAAUUAGUCACUUAAUUUUAAGCUUAAAGGCCACAUAUUUCGCUGUUAAUUGGUAUAAGCCACCGAGUGACCACAGUCACUUUUCACCUCAGAUAAAUAGUGCAUGAAUGCCCAGUGCAUUUUUAAUGUUUGAUUUUAUUAUUUUUUAAUUUACUUUGUGUAGUGUUAUCUUGAGAUGAAUAGAGUUUACACCUGCAGUGUCCUUGCAUUUAAUGCAGGUCAGACACAAAACGAUUGCUCGGGGAAGUCUGGAAGACUUUCUCCUUGUCACACACAUGAAUGACUUGUGUUGGGCAAUAACGAUAUUGUGUAGUUACUGGCAAUGGGGGAGAGACAGGACGAGUAGCAGCUAAUACCCAUGGUUACUUUCCCAAAAUUCUGCAAGAAAGUGGAAAGAAAAUGCUGAAGGCAGACACAGGUACAAACAAAUAAAAAUCGGAUGACAAUCGGCUUCAGAAAGAACAGGUUAUUUUACUAGAUCCUCAUUUCAGCCGGAUAUUUGAUUCACCCCUUCUUCAGCAAUACAGUUCCAUGUGUUUUUCUGCUUGCCAGCAGAAUGCAAAUAUUAUGUGACCGGCACAUCACUGUCAACCUCUUUCCAGCCAGUAAAAUUUUCUUUUUACCAACUGUUAAGCUUGUAACUAUUGUCUAAAAUGAAAGCACUGGGGUACAUGGACAGAUCUAUACAAAAGGUCUGAUGCCACCUGAAACAGAAACUUCACCACCUCCCUAAUGAUUUGACACAAUGUUCCAAGAGCAUAUAAUAGUCAUAGUUGGCAUGCAGCAGUAUUUGAUAUUUUAGUAUCCAGAGAAACAGGUGUAUUCUGGGAGUGUGAAUAAAAUUGAAAUUAAUCUCCUGGUCCUUCAGGCUAAUUGACGGUAACUUAACUCAAGCCAUGGAUGUGUUAAUGUCUUUUCUGUAAUAUAUCUUAGCCUCUGUGCAUCUGCUGUACAUAGUACCUUAUAAGGACUGUUUCCAGUGUUGCUUGCUAUAAUGUCCUGUAAUUAAAUAUGAAUGAAUACAAUUGUGUAUAAAAUAAGGAGGAGUUUUCUCCAGAGAUAAAUAGUGGUGUCACUCCUGUCAUGCAGUGCUGCAUUGAUUGGAAAGUCUUUUGUCAGUUGUGGUAGUUAAUGCUAAGAUAUUGAGGCGUUAGCAAAGAGUAUAUCACUGAUGCAGCUUUGCAUUACUUCUGCAUUUAAACCUAAACAUUUAACAGAGACCUUCCUAGGAAGUAAAUAUGGUUAAGGUAAAGUAACUUAAACAGCUUACGACGUUUCCCCUCUUAUUAAGCUGGAUAUUUGUACAAUGCAGAUUGGUUUAGAUGGCACGCUCAUUUGUGAAACAGCAGGACUUUUCCUGUUUUUUCACACUUUUGCUGGGAACCCCCAGAAUAAGGACCUAAAAUGAGAAGCUGCAGAGACCUGGAAUAUGAAAUUUAGCAGAGGGUGAAUCCAAAGUGAUUUAUUACAGGAAAUCAGAAUGAAAACCCACAGCAUUUUUAUGGGGAAGAUGACAGCAGACUCCCUCUAGGCAUUUUAUUGAUGCAUUAAAUCUUACAAAGGGGUAAAGACACUGACUGAAAAGAAUUCAAAUAAGAAAAAAAUGGCUCAUAUCAUUUAUUAAGAUUUGCCUUCUUGCUUAAAAAUGUCCAGCAAAGUGCAGCUUGAUGUAUCAGGAAAUGUAUUUUCAUUUAUUCCAGCAAUGAUGGUAGGGUUUUGAAAUAAGCUUCCUGGUGCGUAGGCUUAGUCUUUAGAUUGCUUUGUAUCUAUAUUUCUAUCACCUCUCCUGCUUGGAUCUAGAAUUGCCACACGGCACAGGAUAUAGCUAUUAAUUAAGAGACAGAGUUAGCAUGUUCAGGUGUUGUGUGGCGUAGAUUGGGUGUGUUCAUUAAAACUCAAAAAGUAAAUAUGAAACAUAAAGAUGCUGUUUUGGCCGGCGAGAAAAGACUCUGUUGUAGGAGUCAGAAGUUAAAACAGGCCUCUGUUGUUUUUGGAUAUCCAUUCAUCUUCUGUAACCAUUUAUCAAAUACAGUGUUUCACUGAGCCUCCCCUGUACUCCUGGAAGCACAGUGUGCACCCUGGCGGGGAUGCCAGUCAGUCACAGGGGGCCAGGCACGAAGGGGAAAUUGGAGGGACCGAGUCGUCUGAAAAGCAUGUCUGCUCCACACACAGCAUGGCAGGACGGGAAUCAAAUGCACAAAUGCAGAGUCUUGGAGUUCUGACAUCACAGUGGUACCCACAAGCCACUAUGUCAUAGUGUUGUUUUAAUAUAUCAGUAUAUGCCCUUUUUUCCAGAAAGUUUAGACACUUGUUGGACAACUAAAAGUUUUCAAGGAGUGAAAAAUGCCCCCAAGGCCAUCAUCGGGGGAGCUAUGGGGUAUCCAUUUAAUGCCCCCACGGAUUCUGGUGGACUGCCUUCUGCCCAAUGGGAUGAUCGUCGCGUUGGAGUGCCUCCGAGAGGCCACGCUUAUCACCAUUAAGCAUGAACUUUUCAAAGAAGCACGGAAGUACCCUCUGCAUCACAUGAUUCAGGAGGAGACGUCCUAUAUCUUUGUCAGUGUUACCCAGGAGGCCGAAAGGGAGGAGUUUUAUGAUGAAACCAGAAGACUUUGUGAUCUCCGGCUCUUUCAGCCUUUUUUAAAAGUUAUUGAACCUGUUGGUAACAGGGAAGAGAAGAUUCUAAACAGGGAAAUUGGGUUUGCGAUCGGUAUGCCUGUAUGCGAGUUUGACUUAGUGAAGGAUCUUGAAGUCCAAGACUUCAGGAGGAACAUUCUGAAUGUUUGUAAAGAUGCAGUGGACCUCAGAGAUGCUAGCGGGCCCCACAGUCGCGCGUUAUAUGUUUACCCUCCCAACGUUGAAUCUUCAUCCGAACUUCCAAAGCACAUCUACAAUAAACUUGAUAAAGGUCAAAUAAUUGUUGUGAUUUGGGUAAUAGUCUCCCCCAACAAUGACAAGCAGAAAUAUACACUCAAAAUCAACCACGACUGUGUCCCUGAGCAAGUGAUAGCAGAAGCUAUCCGCAAGAAGACCAGGAGUAUGUUGCUGUCUCCAGAACAGCUGAAGAUGUGCGUGCAGGAGUACCAGGGCAAGUACAUCCUCAAGGUUUGUGGCUGUGAUGAGUACCUGCUGGAAAAGUACCCCCUGAGUCAAUACAAGUACAUAAGGAGCUGUAUUAUGCUGGGUCGGAUGCCAAACCUAAUGUUAAUGGCGAAAGAGAGCCUCUACUCCCAGUUACCCAUGGAUACGUUCACCAUGCCAUCCUAUGCCCGCCGCAUCUCCACUGCCACACCCUACAUGAAUGGCGAGGGCUCCUCCAAGUCUCUGUGGAGCAUCAGCAGCACCUUGAGGAUACGAAUACUCUGUGCAACAUACGUCAACGUAAACAUUCGAGACAUAGAUAAGAUUUACGUGAGGACUGGAAUAUACCACGGGGGAGAGCAGAUGUGUGACAAUGUGAACACACAGCGUGUGCCGUGUUCUAACCCGAGGUGGAAUGAGUGGCUGCAAUACGACAUGUACAUCCCCGAUAUUCCCCGUGCGGCUCGUCUCUGUCUUUCUAUCUGCUCUGUCAAAGGAAGGAAAGGGGCGAAAGAGGAGCACUGUCCACUUGCUUGGGGGAAUGUGAACCUAUUUGAUUAUACACAUACUCUUGUCUCGGGGAAAAUGGCACUCAACCUGUGGCCAGUACCUCAUGGGCUUGAAGAUCUCCUUAAUCCAAUAGGUGUCACAGGCUCCAACCCUAACAAGGAAACUCCUUGCCUUGAGCUGGAAUUUGAUUUCUUCAACUGCCCAGUGAAGUUCCCAGACAUGGCAACAGUCGAGGAACAUGCAAACUGGACCAUAUCCAGAGAGCUCGGACUCAAUUAUUGCCAGUCCGGACUGAGCAAUAGAUUGGUGCGAGAUAAUGCUCUAACAGACAAUGAUACGGAGCAGCUAUACCAGGUGUGCAACAGAGACCCUCUGUCAGAGAUCACUGAGCAGGAGAAGGAUGUCCUGUGGCGACACCGAUAUUAUUGCGUGAAUAUGCCAGAAAUUCUGCCUAAGAUCCUGCUUGCAGUAAAGUGGAACUCAAGAGAUGAAGUAGCACAGAUGUAUUGCCUUCUGAAAAACUGGCCAACAAUAAAACCAGAACAAGCCAUGGAAUUGCUGGAUUGCAACUACCCAGACCCAAUGAUCCGGGAUUUUGCUGUUAGGUGCCUUGAGAAGUAUCUGACAGAUGACAGACUCUCACAGUACCUCAUUCAGCUUGUACAGGUCCUAAAAUAUGAGCAGUACCUCGAUAAUCCACUGGUGCGAUUUCUGCUUAAAAAAGCCUUGACUAAUCAGAGGAUCGGACACUUCUUUUUUUGGCACUUGAAGUCUGAGAUGCAUAACAAAACGGUGAGCCAACGCUUUGGGCUGCUGCUGGAGUCUUACUGCAGAGCAUGUGGGAUGUACCUGAAACACCUGAGCAGACAGGUGGAGGCCAUGGAGAAGCUGAUCAACCUCACAGACAUCCUCAAGCAGGAGAAAAAAGAUGAGACACAAAAGGUACAAAUGAAGUUUUUAGUGGAACAAAUGAGAAGGCCAGACUACAUGGAUGCGCUGCAGAGCUUUACCUCCCCACUAAACCCUGCACACCAGCUAGGAAACCUACGACUUGAAGAAUGCAGGAUUAUGUCAUCUGCCAAGAGGCCCCUGUGGCUAAACUGGGGAAACCCUGAUAUCAUGUCGGAGCUUCUCUUUCAGAACAAUGAGAUCAUUUUCAAGAAUGGGGACGAUUUACGGCAAGACAUGCUAACUCUUCAGAUUAUCAGAAUAAUGGAGAACAUUUGGCAGAAUCAAGGUCUUGACCUCAGAAUGCUGCCCUACGGUUGCUUGUCAAUCGGUGACUGCGUGGGACUCAUUGAAGUGGUGAGGAAUUCCCACACCAUUAUGCAGAUCCAGUGCAAGGGUGGCCUGAAGGGGGCACUGCAGUUCAACAGCCACACUCUUCACCAGUGGCUGAAGGACAAGAAUAAAGGGGAAAUGUAUGAUCUGGCUAUUGAUUUGUUUACAAGGUCCUGCGCUGGUUAUUGUGUAGCCACCUUUAUCCUUGGGAUUGGCGACAGACACAACAGUAAUAUCAUGGUAAAGGAUGAUGGACAGCUUUUUCAUAUCGAUUUUGGACAUUUCCUGGAUCAUAAGAAGAAGAAGUUUGGCUAUAAACGAGAACGAGUGCCAUUUGUCUUAACCCAAGACUUUUUAAUAGUGAUCAGCAAAGGAACACAGGAGUGCACUAAGACCCGAGAAUUUGAGAGGUUUCAAGAGAUGUGCUACAAAGCCUACCUUGCUAUCCGACAGCAUGCAAACCUCUUCAUCAACCUCUUCUCCAUGAUGCUGGGCUCAGGCAUGCCUGAGCUACAGUCUUUUGAUGACAUUGCUUACAUCCGGAAGACCUUGGCUCUGGACAAAACAGAGCAGGAGGCUCUAGACUACUUCAUGAAGCAGAUGAACGAUGCUCAUCAUGGUGGAUGGACAACAAAGAUGGACUGGAUCUUCCACACGAUUCGACAGCAUGCUUUGAACUGAGGUACACAUGGGCAUUGGAGCAACUGGAUAUCAGAUUCCAGACAGCCGCAAACUUGUGCAUUCAGACCUGGGAAACAUCAGGUGAUGACCCAACUUUAUUGAUGAAAGAAUAUAAACAGUCUUUUUAAAAAAACCUACAGCAUCCAAAAAGCCUGUUGUCUUGGGGGGGGGGGGUUGUUAAAGAGGGUUUCUCCUCCCCCCUGUUACUUGCUGCUCCAACCUGGGGAACACCCAGGUGUAUACUGUCAUGCCCUUUUUUUAAAUAAAAUAAAAAGUAAAUGAAUUAAUAAACAAAAAAGUAACUUACCUCUAAUUUUCAGAAGGUCUGGGGGAUAUGGAUGUCUUCCUGUAAGUUUUAUGCCUUUAAAUAUGCACAGAAAAUAGAAACUGCUAAGCAAAACAGGGUAGAAUUUUGUUUGGUUCUUGUAUUGCUGGAACAGAUAUCAAAAUCCCUAAACAUGAGGUUGAUGUGCUCUGUACAAGGUGACACCCUGUGUGAGCUACUGGCAUUGCAUGCAUCGAUCCUGAGAGCAUUAAAGACUUAACACAUGGUUUUCUUUUGAGCCUAGAUUAUCAAGUCUUAGUGAAAAUGAUGAAUGCUGGAAGUGCUAUUAAAACAUGUUUGCUCUUUAGAAAAGCUUUAACUGAUUUGCAGUGAGAGUUUGUCGCAGUCCAUGUGAUGUCUUCCUGCUUCACACUAGUGCAAUGAUUUUUCAGAGACAUCACAGUUAAGCUUUGUGUCCAUUAAGUUAUGUCAGGUGUCUGUUGUGAUAAAUGAAUGUAAUGAAGCAGUUUUCUGAAUUUAUAUUUUAUUAUUAUUUUUUUGCUAAUGUGCAUGUAAAGUACAGAGACAUAAAUUUGCAAAAAAGCUGGAUUUUUGGGUUACAUUUUGUCAGGGAAUUCUGAAUUUUUCUUACAGGUUAUGUUUAAACUAUUGGUACUGAUUUUCUUCCAAUAUUAUCAGUUUUACAGUACUGCCUCACUUUAAAUCCUUCAUUUUUUAUCAUUUUGUUUAGUAGCUCUUCAGAUACAUUGAAGAUUAUUCAUGUACAAAGAGCAGUCUCGUGUCUUGGCAGGAAGGGAAGCCCGUGUAUUGACUGAAAUAAUAAAUCCUCUUGUAUAAAGA